AUGGAGAGGCCCCUGCAGCUGGGCAAUGUGACCAGAGUCCAGGAGUUUAUCUUGCUGGGUUUGUCCACAAGGCCAUACACAAGGGACACCCUGUUUUCUGUCUUCCUGUCCCUCUACCUGCUGACUCUCCUGGAGAACACACUCAUCAUCUACCUCAUCUGCACUCACACGGAGCUCCACAAGCCCAUGUAUUUCUUCCUGGGCAACCUGAGCUGCCUGGAGAUGUGCUACGUGUCGGUGAUCAUGCCUAGUCUGCUCAUGGGGCUUUGGACUGGACUCUGCCAUGUGCCCUUCACAGCCUGCAUGACCCAACUCUUCUUCUUCAUCUCCCUCAUCUGUACUGAGUGCACUCUCUUGGCCUCCAUGGCCUAUGACCGCUAUGUAGCCAUCUGCCACCCACUCCACUACCCACUGCUCAUGAGGCCCCAGGUCUGCCUGGGUUUGGCCAUGUCCUCAUGGCUUGGUGGGCUGCUGGUCUCAGUGGUCAAGACAUCAUGCAUUGCUAGCCUGUUCUACUGUGGCCCCAAUGUCCUCAAUCACUUUUUCUGUGAUGUUUCCCCUCUGCUCAACCUGUCUUGCACUCAUGUGGCCCUGACAGAGCUGGUGGACUUCAUCUCUGCCAUCAUCAUCCUCUGGGGUUCACUCCUUGUGGCCAUAGCCUCCUAUGUGGCCAUCGGCAGGGCUCUGCUCUGUAUGCCAUCAGCCACUGCCCGUCGUAAAGGCUUCUCCACCUGCGCCUGCCACCUGGUGGUGGUUGGGAUCUUCUACUCGGCCACUAUCUUCAUCUAUGCCCGACCCAGCCGCAUCGAAGCCACGGACCUCAACAAGGUGCUAUCUGUCAUCUACACAGUGGUCACACCCAUGUGCAAUCCCAUCAUCUACUGCCUGAGGAACAAAGAGGUCCAGGCAGCUUUCCACAAAAGCCUACACUGGUCCAGAGGCUGA